UAAAUAACUUUCGCCAUUUGACCCUACGGCUAAUACUGGUCCGAAACACACACAGAAUCCGGGAGGGAAAUCACUCAUUCACUUGAAAGUUUGAUUGAGAUAUAAAUAAUAAAAAAAAUGUCUAGUUGCGAAGUAGUUUUUUGUUGCGGUUGUGCGAGCAAUUGAAAAGGUGUAAUUUUGAUUACAUGGUUAUAAAUUUGAAAGUAAAGAGUAGAAAAAGGUGUUUUAAUGGACUCUCUUUCUUAAACUGAUUAUUUAUUUGGAAAAAACACUCAAUUUCCUGUUUGUAUUUCAAAGGAUGUUACGUUUUGGGAAAUAUCUUAUAACCUUUGUGGUCCUAAAUAAUUUCCUCGUGUGUGUACCUUGUGUCCGUUACCAAACCAGGCCGAGGUGUCCAGAGGGUGACUGCGUCCUCAUCACUACAUGUCCAUCAGCUGCGAGAGAUAUUACGACGGGAAAUUACCCGAAAGUCUGUGGCUGGGCAGACAAGAUUCCUUACAUCUGCUGCCAGCUACCCGACACACCUGCAACGGAAGAGCCCACAGAUCUGGAAGAAAAAUCAGGAAAUUUUCGUGGCAUUAACCCCGAAGGAUGUGGAGUAAGAAUCCUACCCGAAGAAGAUUACAACGUAGAUCCAAGAACAGAAUUACCACUGAAUACAGCAUUACCAUUCGGCCCUCCUGGAUUCACCAUCCCACCUAUUCAAUUUGCUAUUGGAGGUAGAUCAGCGACUCACAAAUGGCCCUGGAUGGUGGCAAUUUACAAUGGAAAUAAAAAGAAACAGCUGUGUGGAGGUGCCUUAAUCGAUGAGAGACAUAUACUAACAGCAGCUCAUUGUUUUGCUGGAAGGAGGUUUGGCCUUUACAUAAUGGUUCAUAGUUUCUUACUACACUUAAUAUGCAGUCGCAUAAUAUAUAAUUAGACUUUUCUAAAGUUAAUUCACAGUAAUGAAUAGGGACUUGCGGGAAGGGAAGACGUUUGAAAGCUGAAUUUUCCUCAUAUGUUUAGCAUUAGGUAUAGUUACACAGGCUGGCUAAGAAAGGCACUCAAAUAAUUCAACAUCGAAGCACUCUUAAAUCCUUUCAUUCGGCAAAACUCUAUAUCAAACAUUUUAUGAGACAAAACUGGAAAGCGUUGCUCACUUCUGGCAUUUCUUCAAGAAGUUGGAGGAACAGCUUAGAACAGGGUAUUGACUAUAAGUCCCGCAAUAAAGCUGUUGCAGAAUUCAGACUUGCUGUGGGCCAUGAUUGACUGGCGAACCACCUCUGCCGCAUCGGCAUUCUCGCUGACCCAAAUUGCCCGUUAUGCUCGAAUAAUGAACUUAUGGACAGGAACCAUCUAUUGAGAUGCUCGGCUCUGCGUGGGGAAUCUGAGGUGAGGCGCUACUGGAGUGCCCGACAUCUGUUAAUGAGAUAGUGACUUUUUUCUCUUACUUGUUGUUCACUGUUUUUGCAAGAGUUUGUCAUUUUCUUCUGCCAUUAGAAAUUUAAAAAAAAUUAAAAAAAAAAGGUAUAGUUACAAACUAAACAGUAGCUGAUUUCGUGAUUUCAAACAUUCAAAUGAUAAAAUCAGUGAUACUAGACUGCUUUGGUUGAAAACUAAAAGUUUAUUGCGCGUUCUUAAAAUUACCAUGCUACUUAUGCAGAGUCAAAACCAUCAUGGGGUGACGUAAACGAAGUAGUUUGAAAACUAUUCAGAGACACGUGUUUGGUUUGUUAAAGUUACGCUUUUGAGACGUGUUUUUACGAACAUAAAUAAUGUGAAAUCAACGGUACGGUAACUGAAAUAAAGGAAAACGAUGAGUUUUGUCCCAAAGGGUGAUAUUAAUGAAGAAAAAUGUUAGAUUGUGGUAAAAUUUUUAAAUCUAGCCUGUCCUCGAGCAAUAGCAUAAAUUUCUGUAGAAACUGAGUAUAGAUCAUCUUAAUUUUGAUGAGUUGGACUUCUAAAAACAUGUUUUGUUUAACCUAAUAACGUACAGUGACCGGAAGGACAUCUAAUAACAAUAAAAAAACAUUGAAAUUAUAUUAUCUUUUUUAAUUGUGGUGGUUCAUGCCUUUCAGUUCUGUGCUUGAUUGCGCAAUGUUGAUUAAUGCAGAUUUAUUUAUUAUUUAUUUACUUAUUUAUUUGUUUUAUCCUGCGCAAAGAACGGGUAUAGUACGGCUUUCAGGAGAACUCCUCCAGACAUCCGUCUCGCGUCGUAACCGGUACUAUGGUUACGAGGAAAGGUCACUUCGAAUAGGGGUGUGGGGUGAAUAUUUUUGUCUUAAUCUUAGCUUGGGUCGUAA